UGUAAAUCAAUUCCCUCUCUAAAAAAUGUUUGUAAUUCUCUCUCUUACGCUUCCUUCUUCCUCGUGUCACUUCCAUAGCUUACCCACGUUUCUUCUCCACCAUUUCUCUGUAUCCAACUUUUUCCAUAAAUAUUUCUCAAAGAGAUUUCAUUUGCAGUUACAGAUACAUCAUCAUCAUCAUGAAGUUAUACGUCUAUCUAAUGGAAGGUCGGCAUUUACCGCUCAAAUCCUUAUACGUUAAGCUUCAAGCCGGAAAUCUCAAAUCCAAAACCAGAACACUAAACGGAACUAACAAUCCAAUUUGGAACGAAGAGUUCGCUUUCCUCAUCAAUGGCAUCGAAGACGAACUUCAUAUAUCCGUCUAUCAGUGUAAUGAAGAUUCAGGUAUCUUCACCGUUUCCAAAUCAUUGAUAGGUCGUGUACGAGUUCCUGUUUGUUUAAUUUCUUCAGAAGAUAGUCAGAAUUUACCUCCUACUUGGUUUUCUCUCGAAACCGCCAAAGGAUUGAAAUUCAAACGUGGAAACCCUAGUUCUGCUAGUAUUCUUCUUGCUAUUUCUCUCCGUGCAAACGGCGAGGAUGAUCAGACUCAUCAGACUCAUCCACAUCACAGAACGUCUCCUUUGCGUAAGAUGAAAGCAAUUGCAGGGAAAUUGGAGAGGUUUUUCAGUAAAAAUGGAAAUCCUAAACCCGAUGAUUGUUCGGAUCAAUCGCUUAAAUCAUCAGAUUUCGAGGAUGGGUUAGAAGAACAGACAUCUAGUUGUUGUGAUUUUGAAGAAGCUAUUGAAAAGAUGCAAUCGAAUAGUUGUAAUGAAGUAGAGAUGCCAGAUGAUCUACAGGGAGGCAUACUUCUUGAUCAAAUUUAUAUCAUAUCAGCUAAAGAUUUGAACAACAUUCUCUUUGCUCCUAAUUCAAGUUUCAGGAAAGAUCUAGCUGAAUUGCAAGGAACUACAGAUUUGCAUGAUGGGCCAUGGACAUGGAAGUCUGGUUCAAAACCUUGUUUAUCGCGAGUAGUUUCGUACACAAACCCUGCGUCGAAGCUAGUAAAGGCAGUGAAGGCCACAGAAGAGCAAACAUACUUAUAUGCAGACACAAGUAAAUUCGCUGUUCAUGUAGAUGUUUACACACCAGAUGUUCCAUAUGGAAAUACAUUUAAACUCGAGAUACUUUACAAAAUCACAAGUGAACCACAUGGAGAUGAAUCAUUGUCGCGUCUUGUUAUAUCUUGGGGGAUUAACUUCAUUCAUCACACUAUGAUGAAGGGAAUGAUUGAAGGUGGAGCUCGACAAGGUCUAAAGGAAAGCUUUGAUCAGUUUGCGAAAUUUCUAGCUCAAAACGUUAAACAAGGAGAUUCCAUGGAUACAUUGAACAAGGAUGAUAUGCUUGAAACCCUGAAAACUGAGCACAAAUCCGAUUGGGAGCAAGUGACUCAAUACUUUUGUAACUUCACAGUUAUUUCAACUUGCUUCAUGCUUUUGUAUGUGUUAGCCCACAUUCUUGUUGGUAAACUCUGGAAGAAUGAAGGAUUGGAAUUCAAUGGUCUGGAUUUGCCAGAUAACUUUGGGGAGCUUAUUACCAGUGGGAUUUUGAUCAUUCAUCUCGAGCGAUUAUAUAACAUGAUAUCUCAUUUUGUGCAAGCCAGGUUGCAAAGAACUAGUGAUCAUGGAAUUAAGGGACAAGGUGAUGGAUGGUUGUUAACUGUAGCUUUGAUUGAAGGAGAAAACAUAGCACUGGAUAAUUCUAAAGAGAUUCCUGAUUCAUAUGUUGUCUUGACAUGCAAUGGGAGACUAAAGACAAGUUCUGUCAAACUCCAGUCUUCUGAUCCUCAAUGGAAUGAGAUACUUGAAUUUGAUGCCAUGGAAGAGCCACCAUCAACGUUAGAUGUGCAAGUGUUCAGUUUUGACGGUCUAUUUGAUCACUCGAAUGUUAUUGGACACACUGAAAUCAACUUUCUGAAACAUACAUCUGCGGAACUUGCAGACAUAUGGGUGCCACUUGUGGGAAAGAUUGCUCAGACUUCUCAGUCAAAACUGCAUCUCAGAAUAUUCCUCGACAACACUAAUGGCUACGAUACAAUAAAGGAAUAUCUUACGAAAAUGGAGAAGGAAGUCGGAAAGAAGUUGAACACUCGAUCACCUCGAAGGAACUCAACAUUCCUAAAGAUUUUUGGGCUUCCUCAAGAAGAAUUUCUUAUCAAUCAUUUCUCAUGCUCCCUGAAAAGGAAAGUCCCACUUCAGGGUCGUAUCUUUCUGUCUGCGAGAAUUAUUGGGUUUUAUGCCAACUUUUUUGGACGUAAAACAAAAUUCUUCUUCCUUUGGGAGGAUAUAUUUGAUAUUCAAGUUCUUCCUCCUUCACUUUCAUCUAUGGGCAGCCCCCAAUUGGUUAUAGUGCUUGAAAAAGAUCGUGGACUUGAUGCAAGUCAUGGUGCAAAGUCCCACGAUGAAGAGGGUAGGCUUCAAUUCUAUUUUAUGUCCUUCGUAUCCUUCCACGAAGCAUCCAGGACAAUUAUGGCUUUGUGGAGAACAAAGUCAGUAGUUUCACAUCCAAAAGAACAAGCUGUAGAUAAAGAGGAAGAAGAUGAUGAAGAUAUGAGUCUGGCAUCAAUUGAUGACUGUGGACCAUGCUUGGCUGUUGAAGAUACAUCAAUGUCGAAGCUCGAGUCUUCUACUGUUGCUGCUAAUAUAAGUUCAUUGAUGGAAAUGUAUAAUGGGGGUCAGUUGGAGCAUGUAGUGAUGAAGAAAUGCGGUUGUAUAGGUUAUGUAACAUCUGAUUGGGAAACCGUCAAACCUGAUUUGUUGGAAAGACGAUUAUUGUACAGAUUAAACAGACAGUUCUCGAUUUUUGGAGGUGAAGUUACAUGCACGCAGCAGAAAACGCAAAUUCCAAAUUCUAAAGGUUGGAUUGUGAACGAGUUUAUGACUUUGCACGACAUCCCAUUCAGCGACCAUUUCCGGGUACAUUUCAAGUACCGGAUUGUCGAGACGACGGAUGAAUCAUGCAGAUGCGACGUUUAUGCGAGCGUCUCAUGGAUUAAAAGCACGAGACUUCAGCAGACGAUCACGCGAAGCAUAAUUGACAAGUUCGAUAGGCGGUUUAGGGAAAUAGUUGAACUUAUUCAAAGUGGUUCAGUUGUAUUGUCCCAAGAAUUGACAAAUGUUUAACGUUUGAGCAAUAAAAAAUAAAAGUUACCUUUCUUUUAUAUUUAUUUU